AUGGCGUCUAUGGCUGCUGCAACUGGAGUUCUUAAGGUACCACCUCCUGCUGCUGCUGCUGCUUCGAGUGAGGCGGUUCCCACGAGGAACCUUUCUUUCUCCUCCUCUUUAAGUUUAUCCAACGUGAAGGUAUCUCUCAGAUCCACCCGUGUGAGAAACUCGAUGAUCGUGUCUCCUAAGGCCGUCUCUGAUUCUCAAAACUCCCAGACUUGUCUUGAUCCUGAUGCGAGCAGUAGUGUGUUAGGGAUCAUCUUAGGAGGUGGUGCUGGAACUCGUCUCUACCCUCUCACCAAAAAGAGAGCCAAACCUGCUGUUCCUCUCGGUGCUAACUAUAGACUCAUCGAUAUCCCCGUCAGCAACUGUCUCAACAGCAACAUCAACAAGAUCUACGUCCUUACACAGUUCAAUUCCGCCUCACUAAAUCGCCACUUGUCACGAGCUUAUGCUACUAACAUGGGAGGUUACAAGAACGAAGGAUUUGUUGAAGUCCUUGCUGCUCAACAGAGUCCUGAAAACCCCAACUGGUUUCAGGGGACGGCUGAUGCGGUGAGGCAAUACUUGUGGUUGUUUGAGGAGCAUAAUGUUCUUGAGUAUUUGAUUCUUGCUGGUGAUCAUUUGUAUCGGAUGGAUUAUGAGAAGUUUAUUCAAGCACAUAGGGAGACUGAUGCUGAUAUCACGGUGGCUGCGUUACCAAUGGAUGAGGAACGAGCUACUGCUUUUGGGUUAAUGAAGAUUGAUGAGGAAGGACGUAUUGUUGAAUUUGCCGAAAAACCAAAAGGGGAGCAACUUAAGGCCAUGAAGGUUGAUACAACAAUUCUAGGUCUUGAUGAUAAGAGAGCCAAGGAGAUGCCUUACAUUGCGAGUAUGGGUAUUUAUGUUGUUAGCAAAGAUGUAAUGCUUGAACUACUACGAAACAAGUUUCCUGGAGCUAAUGACUUUGGAAGCGAAGUUAUUCCUGGUGCCACUUCCCUUGGACUGAGGGUGCAAGCUUACCUAUAUGAUGGCUACUGGGAAGACAUCGGUACUAUAGAGGCAUUCUAUAACGCAAAUCUCGGAAUCACCAAAAAACCGGUUCCUGAUUUUAGUUUCUAUGAUCGUUCUGCUCCGAUCUACACACAGCCACGUUAUUUACCACCGUCUAAGAUGCUCGAUGCUGAUGUCACAGACAGUGUCAUCGGAGAAGGCUGCGUCAUCAAGAACUGCAAAAUACAUCACUCUGUGGUUGGACUCCGUUCCUGCAUAUCAGAAGGUGCUAUUAUUGAAGAUUCAUUACUAAUGGGAGCUGACUAUUACGAGACUGCUUCGGAAAAGAGCCUCCUAACGGCGAAAGGAAGUGUACCCAUAGGUAUCGGGAAAAACUCACACAUCAGAAGAGCCAUCAUUGACAAAAACGCACGUAUCGGUGACAACGUCAAGAUCAUAAACAGCGACAAUGUGCAAGAGGCAGCGAGAGAGACUGAUGGAUAUUUCAUAAAGAGUGGUAUUGUUACCGUUAUCAAGGACGCCUUAAUCCCAACCGGCACUCUUAUCUAA